UGUAGUGACGGCAUCCGAGUGGAGGCGAUGACGGGCGCGCGGCCGCCCACCGCCGAGAAGCGCAGAGCGGAGGAGCGCGGCGGCGCUGGAGCUGCGUUCCAGGAGGCGGCGCCGGGGAGGAAGCUGCGGCUGGAGAGCGCGGCGGGCGACAUGCGCGGGGCGCUGGGCGCCGGCUGGGCGCUUGCUGCGCUGCUGCUGGUGGCGUCGAUGCUGAGCGCCGCGCUGCUGGCCCCUGGCGGCUCCCCAGAGCAGGGCGCUGAAGCCGAGCCGCAGCGAGAUUUAGACUUAGAUAAAAAAAGGCAUGUGGAGCUGAAGAUGGAUCAGGCUUUGCUACUCAUCCAUAAUGAACGACUGGGAACAAACUUGACUGUUUACUGGAAAUCGGAACGCUGUUACUGUUGCUUGUUUCAGUUUCUGGUAAAUGUUUCUCAGAGUGGGAAACCUGGGAAGCCCAGCAUUGCAGCAGUCUCUGUCAGUACCCAGCACAGAUCUGUUCUACAAAUUAAUGAUACCCUGGAAGAGAAAGAAGUUUGUAGGCUGGAAUACAAAUUUGGAGAAUUUGGAAACUAUUCUGUCUUGGUAAAGGACACUUACAAUGGAGUCAGUGAAAUUGCGUGUGACCUAGUUGUUAAUAAGAAUCCAGUUGACAGUGACCUUCCUGUGAGUAUUGCGUUCCUUAUUGGUCUGUCCCUCGUCAUUGCAAUAUCCUUCCUAAGGCUGUUGCUGAGUUUGGAUGACUUCAGUAAUUGGAUUUCUAAGGCAAUAAAUUCUCGAGAAACUGAUCGCCUCAUCAAUUCUGAGCUGGGGUCCCCAAGCAGGGCAGACCCUCUUAGUGGUGAUAUCCAACCAGAAAUGUGGCGCCAGGUGGGCUCGCCAUACCGUCUCCGUUGUGUGGACACAUUCAGGGGGCUAGCUCUCAUACUCAUGGUUUUUGUUAAUUACGGAGGAGGAAAAUAUUGGUACUUCAAACAUUCGAGUUGGAAUGGACUGACAGUGGCUGACCUUGUGUUCCCAUGGUUUGUAUUUAUUAUGGGAUCUUCAAUUUUUCUAUCAAUGACUUCUAUACUGCAGCGAGGAUGUUCAAAAUUCAAAUUGCUGGGGAAAAUUGCAUGGAGGAGUUUCCUGUUAAUCUGUAUAGGAAUUUUCAUCGUGAAUCCCAAUUAUUGUCUUGGUCCAUUGUCUUGGGAUAAGGUGCGAAUUCCUGGUGUCCUGCAGCGGUUGGGAGUAACUUACUUUGUGGUUGCUGUGUUGGAGCUCCUCUUUGCUAAACCCAUGCUUGAAAAUUGUGUUUUGGAGAGAAGCUGCCCUUUUCUUCGAGACAUCACUGCCAGCUGGCCCCAGUGGCUCUUCAUUCUGAUUCUGGAAAGCAUUUGGCUGGGCUUAACGUUCUUAUUACCAGUUCCUGGGUGCCCUAUUGGAUAUCUUGGCCCUGGUGGUAUUGGAGAUUUUGGGAAAUAUCCAAAUUGUACAGGAGGAGCUGCUGGCUACAUUGAUCGCCUGCUUCUGGGAGAUGAUCAUCUUUACCAGCACCCUUCUUCCGCAGUCCUUUAUCACACUAAGGUGGCCUACGAUCCAGAAGGAAUCUUAGGAACCAUCAAUUCCAUUGUGAUGGCAUUUUUAGGAGUUCAGGCAGGAAAAAUACUAUUGUAUUACAAAGAUCAGACCAAAGACAUCCUCAUCCGAUUCACUGUCUGGUGUUUUAUUUUAGGGCUUAUUUCUGUUGCUUUGACAAAAGUUUCUGAAAACGAAGCCUUCAUUCCAAUCAACAAAAAUCUCUGGUCGAUUUCAUAUGUCACCACACUGAGCUCUUUUGCCUUCUUCAUCCUGCUGGUCCUAUACCCAGUUGUUGAUGUGAGAGGACUGUGGACAGGAGCCCCCUUCUUUUAUCCAGGAAUGAAUUCUAUUCUGGUAUAUGUUGGCCACGAGGUAUUUGAGGACUACUUCCCCUUUCAGUGGAAGCUGAAAGAUAAUCAGUCACACAAAGAACAUCUAACUCAGAACAUACUCGCCACUGCUCUCUGGGUGCUCAUUGCCUACAUUCUCUAUAAAAAGAAGAUUUUUUGGAAAAUCUGAUAGCUCCCACUCAAGUGUUGUUGGAAGACUCUAGUGGGCCUAGGUAAAGUAUUGAAAGAACCUAUAUUGAGGGGAAUCAUCACUUAUAAAAACAGUGGGAUGUAUUUCCAGAUUUUGGGAGAAGGUGCUCAAGUUGGUUUACUCUGACAUGAGUCAUCAGAACUCUGUAUAUUUGUGACAUAUAUUUGAAAUGGUAUGGUCUAUCUUUUCUCCAUCUUCUACAUAAAUGAAUGCAUUUGGAACUUCAUUGUAAGGAAAUCUCACUUAACUUUCCAAAAGGGAUUUACUAUGGGCAUUUUGCGUCUAUGAUGCAUAAAACAGUCUAAGGUUUGAGGACUGGGGAUGUGGUUCAGUGGUGCUUGUCUAGCAUUUGUUAGGUGAGGUCCUGGGUUUGAUCCCCAUCACUGCAAAACAAACAAACAAAAGUAAAAAUCUAAGGUUUGAUUCCUACUGACUUUUUUUUCCCCCUGGAAAUUGCUUCUGCAUGUGUACAUGCAUGCCAACAACAACAAAAAUCAUGAUUUCCUACAUGAUAGAGUAUAAACUUUAUUGAAUGGAUGUGUCAUAAUGUUUUCUCAAUAUUUUGAUUUGGUUCAAUUUAAUGUUUUAGGAAAGCCAAAGUAAGUUUUUUUUUUCAGAUUAUCAAGGCUUUGAUGAGUCAAAAAAUACCUAUCAGAAGCCAUUUUCUCUUUUUCCCCCAUUUAAAAAAUAAAAUUAAAAUAUAGAUGUAUUAUUCCCAACCAUCUUGAUUAUCUACCUGUUUACUUUCCUAUUUACCUAUGUACUUAGCAUCUAUCCUUCUAUCUCCCUACCUAUCAUCUCCUGGUACCUACAUGAGUAUCUUUUUUUUUUACUGGUUGCUCAAAACAUUACAAUGCUCUUGACAUAUCAUAUUUCAUACAUUUGAUUCAAGUGGGUUAUGAACUCCCAUUUUUACCACGUGUACCUAAGUACCAGGAAUGUACCUGUGGAAGAAAGAAACGCACACUGACUUCACUGUGAGUCCAACUGUCCAUGCCUGCUGUAUAAGAUACUGGGCAAGUCCCUUGGGCUAUUAGGACUUUGUGAUGAGGUAGGGUACAUCAGUAGCUUUUCUGAAAUCUUCAGAACAACAAUUUUGUUACAGAAAAUGCCUCAAAAGAAAUAAGAAUAAAAAUAUUUUGAAAAACUA